AGGUGAGGUGUUUCACAAAGAAGGAGCUGGAAGUGUGGCUCGAGACGAAGGGUGUGCGCAUGCCUGGGGCUGCCACGAAAAAGAAGGACGAGCUUGUGGAGAUAGUGUGGGGUGUGUUGUUUUCCAACGAAGCAGGGAAGCCGUUGGAAGAUGACGUUGUCGAGAUCGACGCAUUGGAGGGCUUGCAUCGCAAUGCGGCGGAGGAGGCGAAGGAAUGGUUGUACGGUGCUUGCCGGAUGCGCGAACGGGCGCGAGAUGAGGACGGCGAUGUGUUGGCCUCACAUGUGCAACACCUGGCCGAUCACUGGGCUGGGGAUCACUCGAUGUGCGGCAAGGAGUUGUCGAACCUGUGCAAGGCGGCAGGCGGUUCAGAUAGAGAGCCAUUGUACGAGGCUGGGGGUCGGGUUCAUGCAGCCGUUUCACGAUGUUUGCAGCAGUUCGCUUCGAACACGAAGAUGGCAUACUACACAUGUGCGAGAAUGACGUUCAACAACGAAUGCUUCCACUCUGUGAUCAACAAGUAUUGCACGAAACGAUUGAACUUCCCAAAGUCGUAUGAGGCGUGGGUUUGUUGCACGGCACUGGAAUGGAACAAGAACAAACGAAUCAGGCCAUCACACACUACUUUCCGCAAACCCACAAACGUCACCCAUCGACGACGCUCCGCAAGACGUCACGUUUACCCCGGUCGCGACACGUCGUGGCGAUACGACAUUGCAACUGCAGUUUUUGGGAGUCCUCGGGUCGGUGACUGGGCCCGUAACAUGUUGCAUCAAUUGGACGUCGACGACCCAGUUGUUGAGCAUGUUGAUGUUGAUGCAAAUUUCGGACUGCCGGUUGCUGGUGAGAGCGUAGCCCGGGGUGACGAAGGUGAAGGUGCCGACAUUUUGUUCGAGUCUACGAGCGACGAUGACUCGGAUGAUGAGAAGUCAUCAUCGAAUUCUGAAUGCGAAGGUGCCGCUCAGCGCCUCGACUUUGACGGCGCCGUGCUAUCGCAGGAGGUGUCUGUUGUGCGGGGUUGAUAGCGGGCGGUGGUCUAUCGUGCGGGAGUGAGAGCGGCAUUUGGUCGGGGAGUGACGUUGUAGUCAGGUGCAAUAUGCAGAGU